AUGUCAGAUGUGACUGAGGCACCCGAUUUGUCCGCCCAGCUCGUUGCUCUUACCGCCCAGAUAAAUGAAGAACGCAAGAAAAUGAGGAGGCUCAAAGCUGAGAAUGCUAACUUGCUCGUGCGAAUGGAGGCCAUGUCUUCUCAAGCCACUGAGAGCUUUUCAUUGGAGAAAAAGACUGGAAAAAAGUGUUUCAUGAUAUCCGCGAGAGAGCUCUAUAUCAUUUGGGGUGAUGCUCCUCAAUAUUGGAAAUGGAUUUCUUCACCUGAUGCUAGGUUUGAAGAAGUGGCUCUGCUCCUUCAGGUGUGUUGGCUGGAGAUCAGUGGGAAGAUUGAGGUUUCGAUGCUAUCUCCAUUGACAUUGUACACAACAUAUGUGGUCUUCAAGCUAAGGGAUGAAGAUUUUUAUGGAUUCAAAACCCAAGUAGGAAAUACUACAAUUGGAUUUGUGGGAUCGGGUGAGAUUGUUCGGGGAACAGAGGCUUUAGAUGGCGAUUAUUACGAAAGAGAAGAAGGAGAUGGGCAUAACUAUCCAAAGGAGAGAAGAGAUGGGUGGAUGGAAAUUGAGUUGGGUGAGUUUUUCUACGAUGGAAGACAAGAGGGUGAGCUGGAAAUGAAGUUUCAAGAUUUGAGUAGCCAUUGGAAGGAUGGUCUCAUUGUUCAUGGCAUCGAGGAAGCCAAGACGGUGGGACAGCUGCGCAGUGAGCGCUUGGCAAAUUUGAUUGGGUGUUGCUGUGAAGGCGAUGAGAGACUCCUUGUUGCUGAGUUCAGGCCUAAUGAGACUCUCUCUAAGCAUCUUUUUCAUUGGGAUACCCAGCCUAUGAAAUGGGCAAUGAGAGUCUGGGUGGCUUUGUAUCUGGCACAGGCCUUAGAAUAUUGCAGCAGCAAAAGGUGA